AUGGCAACUUCCAUGGAUUUUCUCUCAAAUUCAAUCUUCAUACCUUUAUUUCUUCUUCUUUUAGUCUAUAUCUACCAUCAAUCACAAAAAUAUGGGAAGAAAACGAAGACGUACCACCCAUUUGGCGGAACUAAGUUUAAUCAACUCAUCAACUAUCGCACGUUGCAUGAUUACAAUACUAAUCUUGCCACAAUAUACAAAACUUAUAGAGUGUUUAACCCUUUUCGCGGUGAGAUUUAUACAUCUGAUCCUUCAAUUGUGGAGUAUAUCCUCAAGACAAAUUUCAAAAAUUAUGGCAAGGGAGCGCAUAUCAACAACAUCCUAAAGGAUCUACUUGGUGAUGGAAUAUUGACAGUCGAUGGUAACGAAUGGCGAGAACAGAGGAAGGUAUCAAGCCAUGAGUUCUCUACGAAAGUGUUGAGAGAUUUUAGCAGUGUAGUCUUUAGAAAAAACACAAUAAAAGUUGGCAACAUUUUGUCAGAAGCAGCAAAUAGCAAUGAAAAAAUCGAUAUAACUGACUUGUUCAUGAAAGCAACGACGGAUUCAAUAUUUAAAGUUGGUUUUGGAAUUGAUGUUGACAACAUUAGUGGUUCAAGUGAAGAAGGUAUUAGAUUCAGUCGUGCCUUUGAUGAUGCAAGUGCGUUGAUUCUUCGAAGACUUUUUGACAUGUCAUGGAAGAUGAAGAAGGCUUUGAAUAUUGGAACAGAAGCAGAGUUACAGAAAAAUAUCAAAGUGAUUGAUGACUAUGUUUAUAAGUUGAUCCAGACCAAGAUUGAGCAAAUGCACAACACAAAGGAUGAUUCAUUGUUCAAGAAAGAAGACAUUUUGUCGAGGUUUUUGCAGAUCAAGAAUACAGAUCCAAAGUACAUACGAGACAUAGUAGUAGCGUUUGUACUUGCUGGUAAAGAUCCUAUAGCAACUACUUUGUAUUGGUUCAUUUACAUGCUUUGCAAACAUCCUCAUAUUCAAGAUAAAGUUGCAAAAGAAAUUAAAGAAGCAACCAACAUUAACAUGAAAGAAUUAGAGAUCACAAAUGUUGCGGAGUUUGCAGCCUGUGUGAGUGAGGAAGCUCUUGAUAAAAUGCAAUAUCUUCAUGCAAAUUUAACGGAAACCCUCAGACUCUAUCCUGCCUUGUCGAUGGACGUAAAGAUAUGCUUUUCAGAUGACGUUCUACCAGAUGGUUGUAAUGUUGAGAAAGGGGAUAUGGUAUUUUACUUGCCAUAUGCAAUGGGAAGGAUGAAGUCCAUAUGGGGUGAGGAUGCACAUGAGUUUAGACCAGAAAGAUGGCUUGAUCGAGAUGGUUGCUUCCACCCAGAGAGCCCCUUCAAGUUUACAGCUUUUCAGGCGGGACCUAGAAUAUGUUUGGGCCGAGAUUUCGCAUAUAGGCAAAUGAAGAUAUUCUCUUCUAUCUUGUUGGGUUGCUUCGUGUUCAAGUUGAGCGAUGAAAACAAAAUCCCAAAGUACAAAACCACAAUCAAUCUUCAGAUCGAUGGCCCAAUGCAUAUUUGUGUUUCCAAAAGAUACGGAGCAGACAAAGCCGAGAGCAAUUAAGGGAAAUAUAAUGUAAGGGCAUAUGUUGGAAGUGACAUUGACCUUGAAUAUAUGUCAUUAUCUUGUGUUGCACCGAAUAAUAUAACUACUAUGUUUGAUCUAUUUGGUAUAUUAACAAUGUUUAAGUUAUUAUGAUGUUUUAACUCUUUU